AUGAACAGCAGUCUCAGGGUCAGAAAUCAAUAGUCGGUGCUGUCUGCGAUAUGAGCAGUGACAUCGUAAUGGCGACUGCUGGAACAGCAGACCAGGGAUCAACAGUCCCGACAGGCACCAGCAGCAUCCGAAAAAUGGCUCCUUCAGAGAUGCCUGGCUCUUCAGGCACAACUCAGAGUAUGAAGAAGACCAUUGGGCACCGGGGCGUUGAGACCACCACAGGAGAAACCACCUAUAAAAAGACCACAUCAUCUGCCUUAAAAGGUGCAAUCCAAUUGGGCAUCGCUCACACGGUUGGCAGUUUAAGCCAGAAGGCGGAGAGGGAUGUUCUCAUGCAGGACUUUGUGGUGGUUGAAAGCAUCUUCUUCCCCGGUGAAGGAAGUAACCUGACUCCUGCUCACCACUACAGUGACUUUCGUUUUAAGACCUAUGCUCCUAUUGCCUUUCGUUACUUCAGAGAACUGUUUGGCAUUCGGCCUGAUGACUACCUGUAUUCUCUGUGCAAUGAGCCGUUAAUCGAGCUGUCCAACCCUGGAGCUAGUGGAUCUCUCUUCUACGUCUCCAGUGAUGAUGAAUUCAUCAUUAAAACUGUUCAACACAAAGAGGCUGAGUUCCUCCAGAAACUCCUGCCUGGAUACUUCAUGAAUAUAAACCAAAACAAGCGCACCCUGCUGCCCAAGUUCUACGGGCUGUACUGCGUUCAGGCAGGAGGCAAGAAUAUCCGUAUUGUUGUGAUGAACAAUCUUCUGCCUCGAAUCAUCCCCAUGCACCUCAAAUACGACCUGAAGGGCUCUACCUAUAAGAGACGAGCUUCCCCUAAGGAGAGAGAAAAGGCUGUUCCCAUUUACAAAGACCUGGACUUUAUCCAGGACUUGCCUGACGGUCUGCUGCUGGAAUCCGACAACUACAAUGCCCUGUCCAAGACCAUACAGAGGGACUGCUUGCUUUUACAGAGUUUCAAGAUCAUGGAUUACAGUCUGUUGAUGGGCAUCCACAACAUGGACCAGGCCAUUCGAGAGCGGGAGCGUGGUGGGGGUAAUUCAGGUGACAGCGCAGGUUCAGAGGGAGCUGUGACACCAGAUCAGCGCCGGCCGCAGGCCCAAAGAAGUCUGUACUGUACAGCUAUGGAGUCUAUCCAGGGGGAGGCCCAGGGGAAGGGAGCUUUGGAUUCAGAUGACCACAUGGGUGGUAUUCCAGCUCGUAAUGUUAAAGGAGAGAGGCUGCUGAUCUACAUCGGCAUCAUCGACAUUCUCCAGUCUUACAGGUUUAUUAAGAAGUUAGAGCACUCAUGGAAGGCUUUGGUCCAUGAUGGGGACACUGUUUCGGUUCACAGACCUGGCUUCUAUGCAGAGCGUUUCCAGCAAUUCAUGUGCAACACGGUGUUCAAGAAAAUUCCACUAAAACCAUCACCAUCUAAGAAGAGUCGUGGUGGAGGUCAGGGAGGGCUCAGGAGGGCCCCCACCCUAGGAGCACCCACUCCGCUCUCCCACGCAACAGGACAGUCAUCUGUUGACCCCAGAGUCUACCACAGCCACAUUAAAAGCACUGAGUCAGAUGCUGACAGUGGCGUGCAGUUGGGCAGACCAGAUCUUGUUCCGAGGACCCCUCCACUAUUAGACAACCCUGCCGACUGUGAGGCUAACCUGUCCACCUCAUCACUAGGCAGCACAGGAGUUGCCCCCACCUCUCCUCCCAUACGGUCAGUAGGAGUGGAGGUGCACAAAUCUGCAAACACAGACCAUGACCAGGGUGCUUCCCACAGUUUGGGGGCAGAAGGGGCUCCAGAUAAUUCUGGCAACCUGUCUGGAAACGAAGACGUAGUUUCACUAUCAGACAUCGUCCCCGAGACCAACAUUUGUUUUUAAAAAAAAAAAUUUUGAAAGGACCUGUGCCAUUUAAAGAUGAGGUGUUUUGUGGAUCAGGUGAGGUGGAUGGAAAUGAGGUUAAAGAGUCACCCAUCCACUGCGGGUCCUCUGUUGCACCUCUGUUGUGUUCUCAUCCGUUCAGUAUACACAAGGAUCACUGGAUAAAGCAGCGAGGUGCAGGGGAGGUUGUGGCAAUGAGAGCGGCGGUGAUGGGAAGAUAAAA